AUGGGUUUCAAGGACGAGCUGAAUAAGUUACGUGGUUCACUUACCAUGGCUCAUGCUUUUCUACAUGAUGUAGAGACGAGGCAACUUGAUGAGCCUAUUCAAGUUUGGCUGAAGCAGCUUAGAAAAAUUGCUCGUGAGGCGGAUGAUGUAUUGGAUGAGCUUGCCUAUGAAGAUCUUCGAAGGAAGGUGGAAACCCAAAUGAGAAAAAAGAUUAAUGAUCGAGCGCUUAAGUUUGGACUCCAACAAAGAGUUCCAACUCUGCCUCCAUUAUCUAGAGGGAGCCAAGCCACUCACUCCUUUGUUGACUCUUCCCAAGUUGUAGUAAGAGAAGCUGAUGUCUCAAAAAUCAUUGAUUUGUUGAUUGGCUCAAGCACUCGACAAACCUUCUCCAUCAUAUCUAUAGUGGGCAUGGGGUGUUUGGGGAAAACCACAUUAGCAAAAUCAGUUUGCAACAAUGAGCGAACAAGGAAUUAUUUUAAUAAAAUAAUGUGGGUGUGUGUGUCUGAAAAUUUUUAUGUUCAAAGGAUAUUACAAGAGAUGUUAGAAUCUCUUACUGGGCAAACUUGUGACAUGAAAAAUAGGGAUGCUAUACUUGAAAAAAUACGGAAUGAGUUGGAAGGGAAAACCUACCUUCUCGCACUUGAUGAUGUCUGGGAUGAGGAUUUUAGGACUUGGGAGGACUUAAGGAGUAGCUUGCUGGGAAUAAAUGAAAAUAAAAGAAGUAGCAUUCUUGUCACAACUCGUAACGAAAAUGUAGCGGUGGUAAGGGCAACACCUCAUGAAAAUAGGUAUCAUCUUAUGCCACUGAUAGAUGAUGAGUGUUGGGCCAUAAUUAAAAAUAGAGCAUUCCAAAACUCUUCAAUACCUCAAGAAUUGGAAGCUAUUGGAAGGGAUAUUGCUCGCGGAUGUGUAGGUGUGCCAUUGGUGGCAAAUGUUAUAGGAGGAACAAUGUGCAACAAACGGGAUAUAGGUGAGUGGGUGUCACUCAGGGAUAGUCCUAUUUGGUGUUCUUUGAAAAAGAACGAAGGGAUUGUACGUGUUUUGAAAUUAAGCUUUGAUCGCUUGCCUUCCUCAUCAUUAAAGCAGUGUUUAGCAUAUUGUUCAAAUUUUCCGAAGGAUUUUAUGAUCGACAAGGAGCAAUUGAUCCAGCUUUGGAUGGCUGAAGGCUUUCUCCAACAGCCUGAAGGAAAUUUCCAGCUAGCAUUUGAGGAUAUUGGUAAUGAGUACUUCAAUGGCUUGUUAUCAAAUUCCUUAUUGCAAGAUGUGGAAAAGGACCUCCUUGGAUGCAUUACAGGUUGCAAGAUGCAUGAUUUAGUUCAUGAUCUUGCACAAUCCAUAAGAACUUCAGAAACGGAUAAUACCAUGUGGUACUCUUUGUUUUCAAAUUCUAGCUUCUUGCACAACGUAGCGGACUUCAAAGGUUUACGGGUUCUUAAUUUUUGUGAUGCUUAUAUUUCCUCCCUGUCGGAGUCAAUUGGUAGGCUAAAGCAUUUGAGAUACUUCGAUAUCUCAAAUACUCGCAUAGAUAGACUACCGAAAAUCCAUUACUCAGCUGUACCAUUUGCAGACAUUAAGAUUGUUGACGUGCCAUUCUCUUGGAAAACUUCCUAA